UUAUGGAGCCAUAACCUCUGAAACCAUUCUUUUCAUCUUUAUCUCUGUCAUCUAAAUUUCACUUUUAACACUGCAGAGACUUAACUCCAUCACAUGAGAGAGAGACAAGCUCUUCUGUUCAUUUAUAAAGAGACACACCAAAUCUUAAAUACUAAUUUUGAGGGAUAAAGUUGAGGUUUGAUUUUGAGUUUUCUACUACUCCUUUCCCUCUUCUUCUCAAGACCAAGAAAUGUAUAAGAAUCAGUUGCAAGAGGUUGCACAGAGAAGCUGUUUCAACCUCCCAUCAUAUACUUGCACAAGAGAAGGACCAGACCAUGCUCCAAGGUUCAAAGCUUGUGUAAACUUCAACGGUGAAAUGUUUGAAAGCCCCACUUAUUGUUCUACACUCAGACAAGCUGAACACACAGCUGCUGAAGUUGCUCUCAUUGCUCUCUCUUCAAAGGGUCCUUCAAAGUCUCUAACUGCUAGAGUUCUUGAUGAAACAGGGAUCUACAAGAACCUGCUUCAAGAGACAGCGCAUAGAGCUGGUCUUGAUCUACCGGUUUACACAAGUGUGAGAUCAGGACCCGGUCACAUCCCAACGUUCUCUUGCACUGUGGAGAUUGCUGGAAUGAGUUUUAUUGGAGAAUCAGCAAAGACUAAGAAGCAAGCUGAGAAGAAUGCUGCCAUCACAGCUUGGUUCUCCUUGAGAAGAAUGCCAAGCAUGGACUCUCCGGUUGAGAAGAGAGGUGAAGAAGAGAAAGAAAGAGAGGUAGUUGCAAGAGUCCUCUCAAGAUUUAGACCAAAAGAAGUUAAAAGAAGAGAACAACAUCACUCAAGAAGAAGAGCAAUCCGACAAGAAACAACAACCACAAGAGAGUUUUUGUCUGAGAAGCUCAGAUUGAUCAAUCCCUACACCAACGAACCUUCAUCAUCAUCAUUGAAGCACCACCAAACAUUACCAUCAAGAUUGAAUCUCCAACAACAACAAUACAGAGUCAAAUCAUUGCUAGAGAAGUCUCAAGAACAUGCAGGGAUAAUAUCGUCGUCAUCAAUGGAGAGAACAAACUGUUACAGCAAGCUUCUGCCAUUUCCAGAAAUGUUUGUAGGAGGAGGAGGAGGGUUUCAGAAACUAGCUCCAGCUGUUCAUAUUAGAUCAGUGAUCCCAGUUUGUUCAGCUCCUCCACCGAAACUUAGUCCUUCUUCUGCUCCAAGCUCACUGGGAAGUGGAGACCAAGAGAAGAAGCCUCUGAGAUUAGAAUCGAACCCAUGUUUAAAGAUCGUACCUUUUGAUCAACCCAUGCUAUGAUUAGAGAAAGUCUGUUCUGUAUGCUCGUCGUGUUCCUUGACUUUGUUU